AUCCGUCACUACGUCCAGGCGGGAGCGGGCAGAGUCGGUGAAUGUAUGUCCGUCGCUCCGGAUAUGGCUUCGGCGGGAGGCGGCGGCUCGGAGAGCGCCGCGCCCGAGGCCGAUCGUCCCCAGCCGCGGCCGUUCCUCAUCGGCGUGAGCGGCGGCACCGCUAGUGGCAAGUCAACAGUGUGUGAGAAGAUCAUGGAGCUGCUGGGACAGAACGAAGUGGACCGCCGGCAGCGCAAGUUGGUCAUCCUGAGCCAGGACUGCUUCUACAAGGUUCUGACGGCCGAGCAGAAGGCCAAGGCUUUGAAGGGACAGUACAAUUUUGACCACCCAGAUGCUUUUGAUAAUGAUCUGAUGCACAAGACCCUGAAAAACAUUGUUGAAGGCAAAACUGUCGAGGUCCCUACCUAUGAUUUUGUGACCCACUCAAGGUUACCAGAGACCACUGUGGUCUACCCAGCUGAUGUGGUUCUGUUCGAGGGCAUCUUGGUAUUCUACACCCAGGAGAUCCGGGACAUGUUCCACCUGCGCCUCUUUGUGGACACAGACUCUGAUGUUAGGCUGUCUCGAAGAGUUCUCCGGGAUGUGCAACGAGGAAGGGACCUGGAGCAGAUCCUGACUCAGUACACCGCCUUUGUGAAACCAGCCUUUGAGGAGUUCUGCCUGCCGACUAAGAAGUACGCUGACGUGAUCAUCCCUCGAGGAGUUGAUAAUAUGGCAGACCAAGCCAGGACGUUGGACUGCGCCUGUCCGGUUGGUUGCCUUCUGCCUGUGGCCAUCAACCUGAUCGUGCAACACAUCCAGGACAUCCUCAACGGGGACCUGUGCAAGCGGCACCGAGGCGGGCCCAACGGGCGCAACCACAAGAGGACCUUCCCCGAGCCAGGAGAUCACCCUGGGGUGUUGGCCACUGGCAAGCGCUCACACCUGGAGUCUAGCAGCAGACCCCAUUGAGGACCAGCAUAUGUAGGUUCCCCACAGACCCAGGAUUAAGGGCCUGGGGACGACCACUGGCUCCUAAAAGCACAGUCAGGGAUCCCUCUCAAUGAGUGGGACCUAGGGUGGCAUCAGGACCAAAGCCUUCCUUGCACGGAGGGCAGACUCAUGCUGACAGAGCAUUCUGGGGUCCUCCCAUUCCUCUCAUUGGAGGAGGCCACAGGUCUCUGGGUCACUGUCCCAAACAGCAUAGUAAGCCCAUGGUACCAGCUUCCCCAGGGGAUGCGGGACACAAAUCAUGGUGCAACAGGAAACAGCCCGGGCACUGGCUGGUCUGGUGUUGACAGUGAGCCCAAGGGAAGUGCUUCCCCGUAUGGUGUGGCUUGUGUCCAUGUUGCAGAAGUAAAGCUUGCAGAGAUGUUAGAUCCCUUGUUUGUUUUGUGGCAGGCUGUUUGUGAGCUCUGAACCUAGUUUUACAACCGACCACUGGGCUAUGGUCCAGUUUAAGGAGCCUGAGGCAGGGACCCUAAGGACUACCCACAUGACUCUAUCUGGGGGCCUGGAUCUUGGGUAGAUGGGAGUGGGCCAUCAGGUCUCUUGUGGCUGAAACAUUGUCUCCCAAUUCUGCAGGCAGCCUUGAACCAGGGGGCUGCCUGUGUACAAGUCACUUGGGUACAGUUCAUGGCUAGCAUGCCAGGCAGGCUCUCUCCAGCCAGGGAGCACUUCAGUGCAGAGGCAGGUGACCGUGGCUGCCUAAAGCCAGCUAGUCUCCUGCACACCCAGCUCAAGCUCCUGGCUUCACAAACGCUCCCUUCUGUGUUGUCAAGUUUGUCGUCCCUCCCCAUGGGACGGCUGUUUUUGGAAGUGCCCUUUGCUGUCGCCACAAGCCAUGGCACGGGACGUCUCGUUUUAUGUUCAAUACAACUGUGGAUCACAGCAGCUGAGCUGUGAUGAGCUCGGGGCUGCCUUCUGCUAGUGCUGGGCUGGUUUUGUUGAACUGAAACCCCUCUUUGGAGGGAGAAUCAAUAAAUAACAUAAAACAUUAA